AUGGAGGGGAAGAAAGUCGUGGUGGUCGGUGCAGGGCCUGUUGGUUCCCUCGCAGCACUUUAUGCCUCGAAACGAGGAGCGGAUGUGGAAAUCUACGAACUACGCGGUGACCUGCGGAACGCGGAGACAACGCCUCUCAAUUUCACCAAAUCCAUCAACCUUGCUCUUUCCGAACGAGGCAUCAAUGCACUUCGCUCAGCUGAAGUUCCCGAACUCCUGCAGGCCGUCCUGGCACAAACCAUUCCAAUGCAUGGCCGGAUGAUCCAUACUCGCUCGCCAACAGGAGCUCUGUCAGAGCAAUCUCAACUGUAUGAUGUCCAUGGCCGUUUUCAACGUUCCGUCGAUCGUGGCGGCCUCAACAAGGUCCUGCUCGACCAUCUGGGUUCUUUGCCCAACGUCAAAUUCUUCUUUCAGCACAAAAUGACUGGUGCAGACUUUCGCAAGAAGAAGGGCUGGUUCGAGCUCUCCGACAAGUCCGGCUCCUCAGACCGGGCCAAAGAGAUUGAAGUCGACUUCGACCUCCUCAUUGGCGCUGACGGUGCUCAUUCGGCCACUCGGUACCAUAUGAUGAAGUUUGCCCGUACGGACUAUCACCAAGAAUAUAUCGACUGUUUAUGGUGCGAGUUCACAAUGCCUGCCACUAAAUCCGGGGACUUCGCUAUCUCUCCUAAUCAUCUCCAUAUUUGGCCGGCUGGUAGUUUCAUGUUCAUUGCCCUUCCCAACCUCGACAAGUCCUUUGUAUGCACAUUCUUUGGGCCAGUCGACUUAUUCGUCAGACUCGAGAAAGCGCCAGAUACCGAGCUGGUCCAGACUUUCGACAAGUACUUCCCAGGUGUCUCCAAUUACAUCCAACCCGAUGACUUGGUGGCACAAUUUAAGAGAAACCCGCACCUACCGCUCAUCAACAUCAAAUGCUCGCCACAUCACUUCAGCGACAGUGUCGUCAUUGUUGGCGAUGCUGCCAACGCAAUGGUUCCCUUCUAUGGUCAAGGCAUGAAUGCUGGUAUGGAAUCUGUCCGAGUGUUGUUCUCUCAACUAGAUGAAUAUCCAAACACUGCCGAGGCACUCACCAAAUACACCGACCAACGGACGAAGGACGCUCACACCAUUGCCGACCUUGCUUUGGGCAACUACGCCGAAAUGCGACAUUCAGUAACUUCCCCCUUAUACAAGUGGCGCAAAUAUAUCGAGGAGACCCUCGACAAAUACUUCCCAAGCCUAGGCUGGGCCACUCAGUAUUCGAGAGUAAGCUUCAGCAACCUGAGAUACAGCGAGGUGGUCCAGCACUCAAAGAGCCAGAAGCAGAUACUCACCUUCUUACUGCUUGCGGUCACUGUUACUGCCGCCGUUGGGCCCGCUGCGGCUGUAUGGGCCUAUCUCCUUCGAUUCAGAAUGUCGAAGCACUUCCUCUCAGGGUUGCGGAGGUGA